UUCCCCCUCCCAUCCUCAUCUUCCCCGGCCGCCCCCGCCCGGGGCCGGGCGCGGCAGGGCGGGCGGAGGGGUUCCCCCUUCCGGCCACCGGGAGCAUGGGAGCCCCGGGCCGGCUGGGCUCCAGAGCUCGGUCAGCCCUGGGGUGAGGCGGAGCGGGGCCGCGCCGUGCCGUGCCGCGCCGCUCCGGGGCCGGGCCGCGCUCCCCGCCGCGCCCGCGGCAAGUUCGGCCGCUCCCGGGGCGCGCAGAGCGCAGCGGAGCGAUGCCGGUGCGCCGGGGCCAUGUGGCCCCCCAAAACACCUACCUGGACACCAUCAUUCGCAAAUUUGAAGGACAAAACCGCAAGUUCCUCAUUGCCAACGCGCAGAUGGAGAACUGCGCCAUCAUCUACUGCAACGACGGCUUCUGCGAGAUGUUCGGCUACUCGCGCGUGGAGGUGAUGCAGCAGCCCUGCACCUGCGACUUCCUCACGGGCCCCGACACCACCAAGAGCUCCAUUGCCCAGCUCACCCAGGCCCUGCUGGGCUCCGAGGAGUGCAAGCUGGAGAUCCUCUACUACCGCAAAGACACAUCGUGUUUCCGCUGCCUGGUGGAUGUGGUGCCUGUGAAGAACGAGGAAGGCGUCGUCAUCAUGUUCAUCCUCAACUUCGAGGAUCUGGCCCAGCUGAUCGCCAAGAGCACCGGGCGGAGCCUGCACCAGCGCCUGUCGCACAGCUGGAACAAAGGUGAAGGUAGGAGUUUGAAGUUUAGUCUCCCGUCCCUGCGGCGCCUCAAAAUCCAGCGGAAAUCUCUGCCCACCAGUGAGUUUGAUGGAGUAGCCAUUGACUAUGGAAAGCCUGGUGGUGACUCCCUGAUUUUGAGGGACUUGAAGACAUCGCCCAAGGAAAACUGUAUGCAGUCAGAGACCGAAUCCCUCCUGGAAAAGGAGCGGAGGCCGAGCCUGGAGGCCGACCCCACCCUACAACACUCGUCCCCGAAACAAGAGCCUCCCGUGCUGGGCCCUCACCCCGCAUGGGGUUUCUUUCGGUCUCGCCCCGGGGGCAGCUUCCACAGCCUCCGCAGGGUCUCCUCCUUGGACAACUUUGAGGCUGCGAGGUCUGAGUUCCAGAGAAAAUUCAGGGAAAGGAGGGCAAACUCAGAGGCCUCCCACGUCAAACCCAACCCCCCGAACUCCACGUCGGACUCGGACCUCAUGAAGUACAGGACCAUCAGCCAGAUCCCCCAGUUCACGCUCAACUUCGUGGAGUUCAACCUGGAGAAGCACCGCUCGGGCUCCACCACGGAGAUCGAGAUAAUCGCUCCCCACAAGGUGAUGGAGCGCACCCAGAACGUCACCGAGAAGGUCACACAGGUGCUGUCCCUGGGCGCUGACGUCCUGCCCGAGUACAAGCUGCAGGCGCCGCGCAUCCACCGAUGGACCAUCCUGCACUACAGCCCCUUCAAGGCCGUGUGGGACUGGCUCAUCCUCCUGCUGGUCAUCUACACAGCCGUCUUCACCCCCUACUCGGCCGCCUUCCUGCUCAACGAGGAGCAGGUGGAGGAGAAGCGCUGGGACUGCAGCUACUCCUGCGACCCGCUCAACAUCAUUGACCUCAUCGUGGACAUCAUGUUCAUCGUGGACAUUGUCAUCAACUUCCGCACCACCUACGUCAACAUCAACGACGAGGUGGUGAGCCACCCCGGCAAGAUCGCCAUCCAUUACUUCAAGGGGUGGUUCCUCAUCGACAUGGUGGCUGCCAUCCCCUUCGACCUGCUCAUCUUCCGCUCCGGCUCUGAUGAGACCACCACCCUCAUUGGCCUCCUGAAGACGGCCCGGCUGCUGCGGCUGGUGCGGGUGGCGCGGAAGCUGGACCGCUACUCGGAGUACGGGGCAGCCGUGCUCUUCCUGCUCAUGUGCACCUUCGCCCUCAUCGCCCACUGGCUGGCCUGCAUCUGGUAUGCCAUUGGCAACGUGGAGAGGCCCUACAUGGAGCACAAGAUCGGCUGGCUGGACAACCUGGGCGACCAGAUCGGCAAGCGCUACAACGACAGCGACCUCUCCUCUGGCCCAUCCAUCAAGGAUAAAUAUGUCACUGCCCUCUACUUCACGUUCAGCAGCCUCACCAGCGUGGGCUUUGGCAAUGUCUCGCCCAACACCAACUCCGAGAAGAUCUUCUCCAUCUGUGUCAUGCUCAUUGGCUCUCUGAUGUACGCCAGUAUCUUCGGCAACGUCUCAGCCAUCAUCCAGCGCCUCUACUCAGGCACGGCACGCUACCACACGCAGAUGCUGCGGGUCAAGGAGUUCAUCCGCUUCCACCAGAUCCCCAACCCCCUGCGCCAGCGCCUGGAGGAGUAUUUCCAGCACGCCUGGUCCUACACCAACGGCAUCGACAUGAACGCGGUGCUGAAGGGCUUCCCUGACUGCCUGCAGGCCGACAUCUGCCUGCACCUGAACCGGACGCUGCUGCAGAACUGCAAAGCGUUCCGGGGCGCCAGCAAGGGCUGCCUGCGCGCCCUGGCCAUGAAGUUCAAGACCACUCAUGCCCCUCCUGGAGACACCCUGGUGCACUACGGAGAUGUGCUCACCACCCUCUACUUCAUCUCCCGCGGCUCCAUUGAGAUCCUCAGGGAAGACAUUGUGGUGGCCAUCUUAGGGAAGAACGACAUCUUUGGGGAGCCCAUCAGCCUCUACGCCCGCCCAGGGAAGUCCAACGCCGACGUGAGGGCCCUGACCUACUGUGACCUGCACAAGAUCCAGCGUGAGGACCUGCUGGAGGUCUUGGACAUGUACCCAGCCUUCUCUGACAACUUCUGGAGCAACCUAGAGAUCACCUUCAACCUGCGAGAUGCAGACAGCGUUCCCCGCUCACCCCUCAGCGAGGAGUACGACUGCACCUACCGCCGGGCUCGCCGCCGCAAGCACUCCCCGUGCCAGCCCCACAAGCCUGACCCAGACACGGGCAUCUCUGACCCAGAGCAGUAUCACACCUACUCCGAGCUCACCAACCCGCAGGAGCCGCUGAGUAAGGAGCAGUGGGACGACCUGGGCAGCAGCACCUCUCCCUGCUCCCAGGCCAGCGAUGAUGAGGCCAAGACUGGCAGCCCUGUGAAAGCUGAGCCCUUCCCCACACCCAAAAAGGAUGACUUGGCUCUGCCCUCGCUCAGCCUCAUCACCACCAGCGCCGGCAGCACGGAGGUUGGCAAGCAGGCAGCAGAGAGCAGCCAGUCCUACACAGCCACUCCCCUGGACAUUCCCAACAUGUUCAGCUUCUGGGAGGACCGGCAGGCAGCCCACCCUGCAGAGCCCCUGCAGCACAUCUCGCUGGUGCACAGCUCGCGGGACGUGCCCCUGCACGGCGACUGCAGGCCCGGGCACAUCGAGUCCAGGCUGGAGCUCCUGCAGGCCCAGCUCAGCAGGCUGGAGUCCAGGAUGUCGUCAGACAUUCAUGUAAUCCUGCAGCUCCUGCAGCGCCAGCUGUCCCAAGUGCCGCCCGCCUACAGCCCCAUCUCGCCCAGCUCCCAGAGCCUGGCCAUGUACGGCAUCGUCCCGCGGAGCCUGGAGCCGCUCGCCCCCUGUGCAACGCUGCAGGACCAGGAGCUGCCCACCCAGGAGCAGAGCCCAAGCUACACGGAGGUAGAAAAGUUCCACUUGAAAUCCAGGGACUCCUUGUCAAGCGGGAUGCAGCUGUCUGCGUCAUCCGACAAAACCCUGACCGUCUACUCCGAGCAGGAGCACCGCUCGCCACCUCUGCCCAGCCCAGAGCCUCCCCACCAAAGGGCACCAAGCACCCAGGGACUCUCGCGGGGCUCUCGUUUCCCUUCCCUCCCCGAGCACUUGGAGGCAUCUUCCGAGCACCAGGACAUUCAGAGACACCUCUCCGACCCCGUGCUUCCUGCAAGUUAGAGACGUGGGGGCCAGUCAAGAGGAACCUCAACUGCAAGCCCGGCCAGUUGAUGUUGAUUUUGACUGCAAGGGUAAGACAUUGGACAAUGCCAUUGGCUCAGGGGUAUAAUUUGUAGCUGUCUUCUGCCACCGUGACGGGAAGGGUAGAGUGGCUGGCUUCCGAGGUCAACGUUUUCCAGCGGUUCCCAUAGAGUAGAUUUCAUUUGCACAUUAGAGAGAACCUAGAACAGUUCUUACAGCCACCACCGAGCUGGUUAGGCCGCGUGGUUCCCACCGCCUCCUCCUUGCCAAGGCUUCUUCUCGAGAAGGGCACAAGCCAAGCGAGCCACAGCAGCCACAGGAGAGCAAAUCCAGGGCUCUGCCAGGCUGCUGUGCUGGAAACCUCUGGAGCAGGGAGCACUGACAGGGACCCUUAAAGAAGGGUGGUCACCAGGGGAGGAGUGUGAGAUCUCCACGGUGUGGUCCAGGGCAAACUGCAGGUGGCAAGCCCAGGACAAGGACAGAGGACAGAAGCUUGUCCUACUUGAUUGCCACUGAGAAGUGAAGGGCCAGCAGCCCGUGCCACCUCAGCCUGCUUCAGCACGAGUCCCAGAGCACUGACUUCUCCAGCGAGGCUGAUCACACCUUGCAAACCCCAACACGCAUCCCACGGCUCCCCGGGUAAAUCCAGCUCGUCACCGGACUGGGCAUAAAGCACAAAAUUCAAAAGCACAAUCCCAGAAAGCUGAAAAGCCCCGUGUCCAGUCCUCAAUCCCAGGCUCUCUCUUUUGAUAAGGGUUCCAUAGGUGCUUCCCCCUGCCCACCCUUCUCUCCGCAGAGGCCGUAGGAGAUGCCCACGUAGCGCUGCCGCCUCGCCGCUCGCUCGGGUAGAUGCUGUGAUAGUCCUAGGCCGCCAGCUCAACUAAUGUAUCGAGCUCCCUCCGAGAGUAGUCAAACUGUGAGCAGCUCUUUCUCCGGAGUUUUAGUGUACACUUUGCUAAUAAAGAUGUUUUUGGCACCUAAUGUGAA